AGUUUCUCACAGCGAGUGUUUCCGCUCACCUCAAAUAAAGACAAGGAACAACGGAGCAGCACUGACGGAACUACACGACGAAAACAUUAUAUCGUUUUUCAGUUUUAUCCCUCCACAUUCUGGUUUUGGGCGUCUCUCCAUUUUUACGACCGUUAAUGCCUCGAAUGUGAAGCCGUUGGAGGAGGGCUCGCCGCUGUAACCUUUACGUUGGUUAAGCCAUAGAGGACUCUCGCUGGUCGCCAGAGGAAAAGAUGUGCGAUGGAAUGGUAGCGUUUCAGACGAGAGCCCUGUCCUCCUCUUCUUCCUCCACCUCCUCCUCUUUAGCCCACAGGCUGGCUGCCUCCGCGCUUCUCCUCCUCUUCACCCUGCUCCCUCAUGGUCACGCAUCAGGUUGUGCGCGGCCACCCAGUGUGCAGCACGGAGACUUGCUGAACAAGACCGAAGCUAACCGGGGCUCUUUCCCCCCGGGCACCCUGCUGACUUAUGGCUGCGAGCCCGGCUACACUGCAGAAGGCACCACCACCAUCAUUUGUACCAGCUCUGGAGCCUGGUCCCAUCAACCUCCAAGCUGUAUCAGGAGCAGCGUAUGUUCGCCCCCCACUGAGCCAGAGAACGGCGGCUACCGAUGCCACCCGUCUCCCUGCCACCGCCUCACCCAGAAGACCGUCAUCGAGUACUUCUGUGACGAGGGCUACGCUCUGAAAGGAGACUACAAGUUUCUCACCUGCCAGAACGGCGAGUGGGACGGGCCGAUGCAGAUUAGCUGCCGACUUACACAAGACAAGGAGCCGCACUCUCCGCUGGGUAUUCCCGCUCUGUCUAUUGUGGCGUCCACAGCGAGUUCUGUGGCGCUCAUCCUGCUGUUAGUGGUGCUGUUUGUUCUUGUGCAGCCAAAACUCAAGUCCUUCCAUCACAGCAGGAGGGAGCAGGGAGUCUCAGGCCAGUCCAGCUCCAUCAUGGUCGAGGGCGUCCAGGUGACGCUGCCCUCCUAUGAAGAGGCUGUUUAUGGAAGCGGAGGUCCCUGUGGUGCUUCUGCUCCUCCUCCUUCUCCGCCACCUCCUCCGGCUCCUCCAGAGACUCGAGUCCCGAUCGUGCUCUCUGAGGGUCUUCCUCAGGGAGCCACGGGAGGCCAAGGCCCCAGCAGAAGCCGCCACCACAGAGACUUAACCUUCUGUCUCCCAUCCACGUCGUCCUCAUCGUCAUCCUUCUCCUCCCGCCGUCAUGCAGAGACGGUGCUGGUUCAUCAGGCCCCUUCUACCUCCUCAUCCUCCUCUUCAUCAUCAUGGGCUAGAGAGCACCCUGGGGGUGCAUGCGCAGGCCCUCUACCUCUCCGCAGAGACUCUGAGAGUAGCGACCAGCACAGUCUGCUUUCUGUCAACUCUGUGGAUGAGUUUUCUGAUGAUAUCCCCCUGUUGAAGGAAGCAUGAAGCCUCCCAGCCCGCUAUCAGCAUCAGCAGCAGAGCCCUUAUUUCCCUUUCUCUUACUGCUGACCAGGACUGACUGUGGCUGUCAACCUACUUUCCCCCCAAACUCCCCUUCAGCAGCAAACAGAGAAAAGACUAGAACUUAUGCCCCCAUUCCCCAUGCAACCUCUUCUGCCAUUGCUACCCAUGCAGAGCAAAGCCAACAACCAACACUCACAAUGAUGGAGCACUGCUGGACCCAGCCACUGGAUCAAACUGACACAGUGGUGCCACCUCAACAUAAAUCCUGUAGAUCCUAUGUAUAUGUAAAACAUACAUACUGAGUCAUGGUGGUGUACUAUAGGCGUACCAUACACUUGCCUCCUCCCAGGUGUCGUUCUCUAUAUAAACAUUGCUCACAGAGGCUUCAUCUGAGAGCCAUCGAGACACUCUGUCUGGGAUUACUGCGGAUAUGAAAAAAAUAAAAUAAAACGAAAGAAAAAAAAAAACCUUGUGAUGUUCGCUCCAGACGCUGUGGCGCUCAGAAUCAGAAUCGUCUUCCCGCUGUACUUGAAAAGUUGUGAGUGACGGCUGGGUGUUUGCGGCCCCGCUUUGUGAAUGCUGCAUGUUGUUUUUAGUUAUUGCUGUCACAGCACGGUGGCCCACUCUGAAUGAAGCAUGAAGCCUCCUCUCUCUCUCUCUCUCUUUCUCUCUCUAUCUCUCUCUGUCUCUCUCUCUGUCUCUCUAGCUUUCUGUGUACGCGGGUGGCGUCUAGCAUAUGGAUUAGUGGGAUUGAGAACCACUUCACAAGAGCUAAAAGCAGGGUGCAGCGUUUUUACGAAGCACCAUAUCACAACUAUAAAAAGACCUUUCUUUUCUGUUGCCAGCUGCACCCGGUAUCUGGAAGGUGCUCCUUCUGUCGCAUGAGUGGGAUUGAUUGGUGUUUUGGUUCCAGGGCUGUGCUUUACAUCUCACUUGUUUUAGAAAAGAGUAAGACAUUAUGUCACAUUUUUGUCUGAAAGCUGAGGAGAGUGUCGUCUUUCCUGAUGACUAGGCACGUGACUAAACUUUUCGGCUGUUUAGUUUUUUUCCCCACUGUAUUUAUUGGCUGCUUUGAGUUGCUGAACCUGAGUGCGUGUGUGUGUGUGUGUGUUUGUGUGUGUGUGUGUGUGAGCUAAGCAGGAGAGGACAUGUCCUCAUAUGGUCGGCCUCGAUACAGCCAUUUCCUGAUUUGCUUCUCUUGAGAUCAGAGACCGGCUUCACAAUGUCCCCCGUCUCUCACCAUAGGAAAGCAUCCCUCCCAGCAUUGAAUAAGUCACAUGAACAAACCAGCGUCACUUCAGGCAGAAACUCCUCUACACAAUGUGUGUAUUAUUCAUCUACUCUCGAGCUAGAAUAUUUAUCAUUUUCUGGUGAAUGGCUGGAAAACACAAGUCCCCUCAGAGGAACUGGCUCUCGCCCACCUUCACACUGAACCGAAGACUCUCCACUUUGUGCAUUAUUGACACAACUGCAACUGGUUGCAGAGAAACGCUGAAAGUUUUGUGAUAUAGCACCCCACCCCCGCCACACACACACACACACACACACACUCACACUCACACACACACCCUCCUAAUGCCAAGUGCAAAUUUAAGAGAGAAUCAUUGUUAGAAAACAUCCUUUUUUCCAUUCCCAGUUGAAAAUCUUUGGUGGUUGAGCUGGUCACCCUGGAAAAAGCAUGACUCCCAAGGAAUUACUUUUCAAGCUUAACUGCUCAGAAAAAAACAUCUCUGAUUCUCGUUUUAUUUGGCAUUCGUGGCUGUCCGUCAUUGUCAACGGCUACAUUAUUAAUGCAAACAGAAUGUUGCCUUAGACUUGUACUUUUUGUUUUGUUUUUGUAUAAUCUUAAGCCUCCGCGUUGGUUGCUUUACAAUAUUGCAAAGUAUUCUGUUUUCCCAAUGGCCUUACUCUGUUCUUUUCUAUUCUAUGCAUAAAACUGUCUUUGUGUAUUUAUCAGUUUACUUUUGUUGUGGACACGACUAAACGAAUGUCCAUUUUUCUCUGUCCUCCCCUAGCUUUUACAGCUACUGUGAUGAUGAUGGUGAUGAUGAUGAUGAAACCUAUAAGCACCUAUAUUUCACUAUUCCUUUGCUUCUCCUUUGCUACGACAAAGCAUUAAACAAUUAU